AUGCAACGUAUACUACAGAUUAACUGGAUACAAGUGCUUAAACGCUAUAAACAUUCUAUAUCGUUGUCAAGAUAUGAAAUUCGUCCUUUACUUGUAGAUCAAAAUAGUUUAAAUAAAAAUAUAAGGAUAAAAGAUAAUUUAAAAGCUUCAAUAGAAGAAAAGCCUUCAUUGGAGCCAUUAAUGAAUGCAUCAGGCCCAGUUUAUACACAAUUACUUGAUCAAGUGCUUUAUAAUCAAAAAAAAUAUGCAAACUGUGUACUUUUAACACGUGUAGGAGGCUUUUAUGAGCUUUAUUUUUCUCAAGCAGAAAAAUAUGCACCAAUACUUAAUCUUAAACUUGCACGGAAGGAUACUAAGGCAGGACCGGUUCCUAUGGCGGGAUUUCCAUUUUAUCAAUUGGAUAGAUAUCUUAAAUGUUUAGUUGAGGAAAUUGGAGAAUAUGUUGCGAUUAGCGAAGAAUAUAGACGUCUAGAUCGUUGCUCAACAUACAAAAAUAUUUACGAGCGCCGUGUUUCACGAAUUGUUACACCAGGUACAUUAAUUGAUGAAAAAUUUAUGAAUCUUUAUAUUAAUAACUUUCUUUUGGCUAUACAUAUGAAUGAGAAUAUAAUGAAAGAAAAAGGAUUAGUUCAAUCUCUCGAAAUAGGCCUGGCAUGGCUUGAUUUAUCAACAGGGGAUUUUUUUACUCAAACAUCUAAAUUUGAAUAUAUUUUAGAUGAAUUAGAAAGAAUUAAUCCAAAAGAAAUAAUUAUUGAUAAAGAAUUUCAAGAGAUUUUUAUGGAAUACAUUUCACCGUAUGUAAAGGAACGAGAAUGCUUUGUAACCUAUGAAACAUUUGAAAUACCAGAUCGAAUGAUUCAAAAAUGGGAAAACAUUAAAAACAAUAAUGAGACAUCAAUUUUUUCAGUUUUGGAAGAACAUGCAUCACUUAAGAUUUUAUCUUAUGUAAAUGAUAAAUUACAAGGAGAAGAAUUUAAUUUACAGGCACCAGUAAGAAGAAAUUCAGAAGAAAACAUUUUUAUGGAUAUACAUUCUAUACGAGCAUUAGAAUUAAAACAAUCAUUAAGAGAAGGAGGAAAGACAGGAACCUUAUUAUCUGCUAUUAAACGAACAGUUACCAGUUCCGGAUCAAGAUUACUUACCGAAUGGAUUUGCUCCCCUAUUACAUCUAUUUCUUUAAUAAACAAAAGAUUGAAUUUAGUGGAAAUAUUUUAUAAUGAUUCGCAUCUUAGAGCUGAAAUUGUACAAUUAUUGAAAAAAAUUUAUGAUACUCAACGUGUUAUACAAAAGAUUUCUUUAGGUCGUAAAAAUGCAGAUGAUUUAUUAGCAUUAUCAAAAACAAUAGAAAUUACAAAUAGAAUAUAUAACUGUUUAGAAAAAUUAUCCGACAAAGAAUCUGUUAAUUCUCUUUUAAAAAGAAUUAUUAUUCCUCUAGAUUUAUUCAAAAAAAUACAAAAUACAAUAGAUGAAGACGGUCUUAUGCAAAAACAAAAGGAAAAUGAAGAAAUAAUAGCAGAUGCUAUGGAAAAAGCAAUAGAAAUCGAAAGAAUGUCUAAAUCUCAAGAUUUUUCUAAUAAUGAUUUAAUUGAAUCAAAACUUAAAACUAACCAGGACUUUAAAAAUAACGAUAUUUGGAUAAUAAAAAAAAAUGCCUCUUUACCUUUAAAAAAACUUCAUGAAGAAUUAAAUACUCUUUAUGAUCAAAAAGAUAAACUUCAAGAAUCUUUAAAACUAUUAUUAGGUACAACUAAUCUAACAUUAAAAACAACACAUUCUUUAAAUCAUAUCAUCCAUCUACGAAACAAAAAUACAGAAAAAAGUAUAUCAGAAAUUAAUGGAGCAAAAGUUCUUAGUACUAAUAAAAGCACCAAAUCAAUUCAAAUACCUGAAUGGACUCAUCUUGGAAAUAUGAUAGAACAAACAAAAAUAAAAAUUAGACUUGAAGAAUCUAAUACUAUUGAUAAUCUCCGAAUAGAGACACUUAAAAAUCUUUCAAUAUUACGAAAAAAUGCAAAAGUUCUUGAUGAGUUAGAUAUUGCUUCUUCGUUUGCAACUCUCGCUCUAGAACAAAAACUUGUAAGGCCUAUAUUAAAAACAGGAACUUACCAUAAAAUUAUAUCAGGGCGUCAUCCAAUUGUAGAAGCUGGCUUGUAUAAUCGAGGACUUGUAUUUGUACCGAAUGAUUGCUCCUUAGGAGAAAAAAAGCGUAUAUGGUUUAUUACAGGACCAAAUAUGGGAGGAAAAAGCACGUACUUGCGCCAAAAUGCUAUUAUUUCGAUUCUUGCACAGAUAGGAUCAUUUGUACCUGCAGCAUAUGCUGAAGUUGGUAUAGUAGAUCGAAUAUUUAGUAGAAUUGGAUCCAAUGAUAAUCUUUAUAAAAAUGAAUCAACUUUUAUGAUAGAAAUGUUAGAAACUGCUAGAAUUUUAAAGAGGGCAACACCAAAAUCUCUCGUUAUUAUGGAUGAAAUAGGUCGAGGAACAACGUAUAAGGAUGGAUUAGCAAUAGCUUAUGCAUGCCUAUAUCAUCUUCAUUAUAUUAAUAAAUCUAGAGUAUUAUUUGCAUCUCAUUUUCAUGAAUUAGUAAAUAUGAUCUCCUUGUUUGACAGUGUAUCAAUGUAUUGUACAAAAGUUAUAGAAGAGGGUGACGGAUCAUUUCGUUUUCUUCAUAAAAUAGCUGAAGGAGUUAAUGAUAAUUCUCAUGGUCUUAAAGUUGCAAUGAUGGCAGGGCUACCACAAAAAGCAAUACAAGUGGCAAAAGAAACACUUAAAAAACUAAAUGGAACAUAA